UUCCUUCAAUUUGACAGUUCACGUAUUGCUGCCUGGUUGUAUGAAUGUGUGGUUCUUGUUGGAUUAAUUUUUUGUGUGAUAGAAAUUUUGUGAAAAAAAGUUAAUACACAACUUUUUCCAAGAUAUAGAUUUAAUAAAAUACUUUACGAACUCUAAAUAACCACGAAAUUGCUUAAAAUCAAACAAAAAGGAAUAAAUCCAUACAAGAUUUCAGAGACACACACGUCAUCUACCGAAAGCAACUGGUGAGAGUGGAAGUAGUUCUGUACACAUUGUGAAAAUUGAAAACACUACUGAAGGCCAGGUCAAUUGCCAACUGAUUGAAAAGAAGCACAUUGUUGCAAAAAAAAAAAUAAAUAAUCAAAAUUAUAAUCAUACACAAUGAGCCAAUUAACAGAGUUAUUGAGGAAGGAAUUUCCGGCCAUGGACAAUGAGCUGAAGGAAUAUGUCGAAGGUGUACUUGCCGGCAGUUUAGAUGAUUUUGAGACGUGCGAUGACAUCUACGAAGCCGUGGGCGAUAUUUUGCAAAGUAUCAGCGUGGAAAAGACCGAAGACAAUAUUCGUGAAUUAUGCACACAAUUCUUUAACAUCAUCAAAGUUGACAGCAAAGCUGUGGAGCACAAAGUAUUAAAUGCUCCCGUCAACAUUGCCGACAUGGCAAAAGAUAUGGACGCGGUUGAUAAAGAUAUGCAAAGUAUAUGGUUGGUAAAUAAGGAUAACUCCAAUAAAGUUGACACUAAAAAGUUGGUAAAGGCCGAGGCUAAAUUGCAACAGAAGCAAGAAAAACGUCAAGAUGCUGUCAAGGCUCCGGCAGCACCAGUCAAAUUGCAACAAGCAACUGCUUCUCAGGUGACAAAUAAAAAAGCUACAAAAAUGGAUGCCAAGGGUACAAAUCGUUCAAUGGAUAUUAAAAUUGAAAAUUUCGAUUUGGCUUUCGGGGACAAAGUCCUAUUACAAAAUGCCAAUAUUCUAUUGUCCUUUGGCCGCCGUUAUGGUCUAGUGGGUCGCAAUGGUUUAGGUAAGACUACUCUACUACGUAUGAUAUCUGAACGUCAACUUCAAAUACCGUCACAUAUCACUGUCUUGCACGUGGAACAAGAGGUGGUUGGCAAUGAUACUCCAGCCGUUGACAGUGUACUUGAAUGUGACUUUGAACGCACUCGUCUUCUGACUCGUGAAAAAGAAAUCAUGUCUCUAUUAAAUAGCGGCACACAAGAUACAGCUCUAAAUACUGAACUAAGUGAAAUCUAUACUCAGCUACAAAAUAUUGAAGCCGAUAAAGCGAUAGCAAGAGCUUCGGUUAUAUUGAAAGGUUUGGGUUUCGAUACCGAUAUGCAGGCGAGACCGACUAAAUCAUUUUCUGGUGGCUGGCGUAUGCGUUUGGCUUUGGCACGUGCUCUCUUCUCAAAGCCCGAUUUGUUGUUACUUGAUGAACCUACUAACAUGUUGGAUAUUAAAGCUAUAAUAUGGUUAGAAAACUAUUUGCAAACCUGGCCCACCACUGUUUUGGUAGUAUCUCACGAUCGUAAUUUCUUGGAUACCGUGCCAACAGAUAUAAUACAUUUACAUUCCCAGCAAUUAGAGGCUUACAAGGGCAACUAUGAACAAUUUGAAAAGACUAAAAAUGAAAAACUUAAAGCUCAACGCCGCGAAUAUGAGGCCCAAAUGGCUCAUCGUUCUCAUGUUCAAGAAUUUAUUGAUCGUUUCCGAUUUAAUGCCAAUCGUGCAGCUUCAGUGCAAUCGAAAAUAAAAAUGUUGGAAAAACUGCCUGAGUUGAAACCAGUUGAAAAGGAAGUAGAAGCCAAACUUAAAUUCCCUGACGUAGAACCACUAAACCCGCCGGUUUUGGCUAUAUCAGAUAUUGAAUUUAAAUACAAUUCAAAUGAUGUCACGCCUAUAUUCAAAAAUGUCAGUCUAUCGGCGACUUCAGAUUCCCGUAUAUGUAUUGUGGGUGAAAAUGGCGCCGGUAAAUCUACAUUGCUGAAAAUUAUUGUUGGUCAAUUGACAACACCUUUGGGCAAUAUUGUGCUGCAUCGCAGCUUGCGCAUUGGUUAUUUCGCCCAGCAUCAUGUGGAUCAUUUAAAUAUGAAUUUAACCUGUGUGGGUGUUUUAGCAGAAAACUUUCCGGGCCGACCAGAUGAGGAAUAUCGUCGUCAAUUGGGUAGUUUUGGUAUAUCGGGUACAUUAGCUUUACAAAGUUUGGCUAGUUUAUCAGGAGGUCAAAAAUCUCGAGUAGCUUUAGCUAAAAUGUGCAUGGCUGAACCCAAUUUCCUGGUACUUGAUGAACCUACAAAUCAUUUAGAUAUAGAAACUAUUGAUGCAUUAGGCAGAGCCAUCAAUGCAUUUAAGGGUGGUUGCAUUUUAGUUUCUCACGACGAACGUUUAAUCAAAGUCGUUUGCAAAGAAUUAUGGGUUUGUGGCAAUCGUAAUGUACGUGCUAUUGAAGGUGGUUUAGACGAAUACAAAAAUGAAGUCUACAGAGAAAUUGAAGCCAAUAAUAGUUAAUUUACUUAAUUGUGAUUUUGUUUUUUUUUUUUAUAAAUACAUACAUACAUAUUUACAUAUUUAAAAACUCAACUAAACACGUAAAAAUAGAUACAAAAUACAUACAUAAAUAUAAAGAAAAUGCAUCAUCCUAUUUAAAUAUUAUGUUUUCUCAACACUCUCGAGGAUAUUUAUACAUACAUUUGCUUAUAAAAUGGCCUCCCAAAUACAUAGAAAGAAUUUAUAAUAAAAAGAUAAAAUAAAAGUUGUCAGUUGCUCUAUUGCAACUUAAAUAUUUAUAAAUGACAUGUAUUUAUAAAAUAUUUUUAAUAAAAAACAAACAAAAAAAUAAAAUGAUUAUUAAACAAUCGAAAAUACAUAUAUACAUAUUUAGAACAAAA